AUGAAAGAGUUCCUGCAAAGACUACAACGAUCAGGAGUGCCUGAGGGUAAAGAUGAGGUGGACAAUGAAGUUAUCGUACAUAAGACGGAUGGCCCACUGGACAUUGUACAAGGACAAAUAAAAAACGACAAAGGCAUUUCUCUUGCAAUCUACAGAUUGCCAAACAAUAUAGAAGAACAGGUAAACAAACUUCACAGAGAUUGAUAUUCUGGUUGCAUGCAUGCAUGUGCACAAUAAAUAAGAGUCACCUCGCAAAAAAUGUACGGGCACAUUUUAAUUAAAACUGUCAGUAAUGGCUAAUGCAGUUUAUUAAAGUAAAUAUACUAUCAUUUUAUUGCUAAUAACCGUUCAAGCGAUAUGUGAGGUUAAUAUGUAUCCUUGUUCCCAGACCCAGGCUUGGGUGGCCCUGCUGUUCGACAAUCCUGUUGAAUUGCGUCGAAGUUCGGAAGCAGAUUUUUGUGUCUGUGGAUGAGGAUGGCAGAUAGAAUGCAAAUGUUUAUCGACAUAUUAAUUUGGUGUUACUAAUAGUAUUAUUACAGAGUGCGCGUAUUUUAGCUAUUUUGUACAAUUUGUAACGGCGAUAAGUAAUAAGAAUUAAAGAGAAAGAUAUAUUUUAGAUAAUUAUUUUAUAUUAUCUUUAGUGUCUUCACGGAUGCAUAGAAAAAGUAUUGGGACUGGUGCCACGAUUAAAUUUUGGCCUGAAGCAAUUUUAUAACAUCGUUAUUCUCGGUUCAGUCGCCGAUAUAACAAAGGCGGAGCAACGAAUUAGAGAAAAUUAUAGGGGAGAAAACGAAAUAGGAUUCUAUGCGUGGAAUACCACCACAGGCAGUAAUAAUAAAUCAGGUAAUAAAAUAAGCAUUUUUAUACAACUGCUUUUGGCGAUUAGAAUAAUCGGUAAAAGAUAACAAUCAGAUAACAAUAUCAACAAACACAUUUUUACGCAUUUCAAUAUAUAUAGGAAUACAAACAGAACCUUGUAGCGGUGAUGCUGGGGUUGCCGGACAUUUUGCUCCACUGACUGGACUAAAAAUGGAGAUGUUUGCACGUUCUUUAAAUAGUUUUAGUUAUUCUUAUAGUUUUCUUUCUUGAAGGAAAUCUUGGAAUGAUCAAUUGUGCCGAGUCAUUUCUUAUUCACCAUGCAGCGGUUGGCAACAAUGUUCUACCAGAGCACUUUAAUUUUGGGGAGGAGUUAGUUUCUAACUUCAUAGGAAAUGACAAUAACAAUGACAUAUUAGAGAGGCUAAUAGGAUUAUUCAGCCAAGAAUGCGACUGGAUACUCGACAUAAACUCGAGUAAAGGUAAGAGAAUGUUACCUUAAAGAACCGACAACAAGUUCCCUAAAUAGUAUAAACUAUCAUCCUCGUUUUCUAAAAUGCAUUACAUUUUUUGCAGCAUCCGCCACUCUCAUGGCAUUGAAAACAAAAAGAAACGCCAUCUAUCUUUGCGAAACAAACGACGAAGAAUUUUAUGUUAAAAGAGAAAUAUCAGACACCAAAAGAAAUCGCUUAGACGGCUGA